GCAUUUCUGUUUUCAUUUAUAUAAUGAGAAUUUCAAAUAAAAUUCAAAGUUUGUAAUCAUUUUCACUUUCUUGUUCACAUAUUUAAAAAAAGAUGUUUGUGACUACUUCAAUAUUUUAGAGGUUCAAGGGAAAAUUUGGAGAAAAAGAAAAAAGGGAACUUGUUCUGCUGCAUUAUAUGAAGAACUUAGGUAACCAAACAAGGAGGAAGAAGACAUGUCAAUGUCAUCAAGAACUUGCUCUUCUGAGCCGUGUUUAUACCCUAGGCCUGCCCAAUGGCUGAAGGGAAGAACCGUUGGGCGUGGGUCCCAUGGAAGUAUUGAUCUGGCGCUGGACAAAGCUACCGGGGGCCUUUUUGUCAUAAAAUCUGCAGAAUCGGAGUCAGGAAUCCUCUGCCUUGAAAACGAGGCAGAGAUUCUACAGACUCUGGAUUCUCCUCACAUUGUGAAGUGUCUGGGGAAGGACAUCUCCAAGGGCAGCGCGCGUAAAGCAAACCUCUUCAUGGAGUACAUGGCAGGAGGGAGUCUAGCGGACGUGAUGGGCCAAUUCGGAGGGAGAUUGGACGAAACGGUCAUCCGUUUGUACACCCGAGAGAUCCUAUUAGGCCUCGAGUAUCUCCAUGGGAAUGGAAUUGUGCAUUGCGACCUCAAGUGCAAGAACGUGCUCUUGGGAUCAUCCGGUGAAGUCAAACUCGCGGAUUUCGGUUGCUCCCAAAGGAGGACAAGUCAAAGGAGAGAGAAAGAUUCUCUUCGCCACCCUUUUGGCGGGAGUCCACUAUGGAUGGCAACCAGAGAAUCUCAGAAGUGAAAACAAGUUCGGGCCCGACUUUGCUUCUGAUAUAUGGUCAUUGGGAUGCACGGUCAUAGAACUGGCGACCGGGCAGCUUCCUUGGGCAGGAGAAAUCUCAGACAAUAUAAUUUUAAAAAUUGCGCGCGGCGAAGAUAAGCCAAGCUUCCCAAGGCAUUUAUCAGAAGAAGGUUUGGAUUUCUUAGAUAAAUGUCUAAACAGAGA